GUCGUUGGCUUUUUAAUAUGGCGAGUCCCGUCCAGCGUGUGUACUAAAGCCAAGCUGAAUACGUUUAAAGAGACUUAGAAAAUGUCUGAACUGACACAGAAUCAGUUUGAAUCGAGUGACGAUGAACUCCCAGAGGAGGUCGCCUUUGAUGCGUCCAAAAGUGUCGCUCUGAAGAGCGUUAAAGAUGCGCUGGAUGCAGCCAAAAGAGAAAAGAACCAGCUGAAGGAGAAGAGAAGAAAGAGACAACAGCUGUUUCAAGAGCAAAAGAAGCGAAAACUUCUUCCUCAAGAGCUCUUGGAGGAGUUUGAUACAGAACUCCAAAAACAGACAUAUCCAUCAGACAAUAAAGGAAUAAAGAAAAAUGUUUCAACAAAGCCAUCACACAACAAAAAAGAUGAGGAACAGGAGACCAGGACCAUGCCUAAGAAAACCUCAAAAAGUUUACCAGUCAGCUACAGAGUAAUGAGGAUAAAGGAUGAAUCUGAUGCCAAAUCACUGCAACAAAGGGCCAUGGACUUCGUUCAGUCGCGCCUUUAUGGAACAGGAACCAAAAGGACCACCAAUGCAGAGCUUCUGUCCCUCAAAAAGAAAAGAGGUGCGAGCCAAGGUGCAGCUGUGGAGUUUGCGAAUAAAAAAUUGGGUGCUUACAAAAAGGCGAGGAUUACAAGGUCCAACAAACGGUUUAUACGCCAGCAUAAACUGAUUCCUCUCUGAGACACAAAACAGGAGAAAGAACUGCUUAAUUAUGAGUUCAACACAUGAAAACCGUCACAUCUGGGGACGGCUUCCAUCAUCCAGCUGUUUUUGACCUUGUGGAUCAUAUUUUUCAAAAGGACACCUUUAUUUCAAAGCUUUUUUUUUGAGCCUUAUAGUUUUAAAAUAUUAAACCUUGUUAUAAAAUAAGAUUAAGUCAUUUAAAAAAAAUUACUUGCCGUACAAAUGAAAACUUAAAUUUACAUUCAGCUUCUGCCUCAAGUAAAAAUGUUUUAAGUUUAAAUAUUUACUGUACCCAUCAAUAAAUGUAAAACUGAUUCAAGGAUUAAUAA